GAAGAAGAAUCAUAAAUUCGACUAGAAGCAAACUAACCAUAAAGUUAAUAAAGAGUGGGACCCGCUGUGAAAUUUCCGUCGGAACAGCCGUCAAAAGGUCCCCCAACAACUAAAAUACAAAUGGCGUAAGGUUCUUCAUUUCGUUUUUUAUUUCGAAGUCUCAAAAAAAAAAAAAAAAAAAAAAAAAUGGCGCAGCACAUAACGAAAGGAGAGGAAUUCGAGAAGAAGGCAGAGAAGAAGAUCAACGGCUGGGGUUUAUUCGGUUCCAAGUACGAAGAUGCUGCUGAGCUCUACGCUAAAUCCGCCAAUCAAUUUAAGCUCGCCAAAUCUUGGGAUAGAGCUGCAUCAGUUUUCAUCAAAUUGUCUAACUGCUAUCUGAAGGUAGAUAGUAAGCAUGAAGCUGCUUCUGCUUAUAUAGAUGCUGCAAAUUGCUAUAAAAAGACAUCGACUCAAGGGGCCAUUUCAUGCUUAGAUAAAGCAGUGAAUUAUUUCCUAGAUAAUGGCAGAGAUACUAUGGCUGCAAAAUAUUGCAAGGAGAUUGGUGAGUUGUAUGAGCAAGAGCAAAAUAUCGAGAAGUCUAGUUCAUAUUUUGAGCGAGCUGCUGAACUUUUCGAAAACGGAGGGCAAGGAGCAACUGCUGCGAACCAGUGCAAGCUAAAAGUUGCUCAGUUUUCUGCUCAACGUGAACAAUAUCAGAAGGCAAUUCAGAUAUAUGAAGAGAUAGCACAACAGUCACUCAACAAUAAUUUGCUGAAGUAUGGAGUUAGAGGUCAUCUUCUUAAUGCUGGGCUUUGCCAGCUUUGCAGGGGAGAUGUUGUUGCCAUAACAAACUCAUUGGAGAAAUAUCAGGACUUGGAUCCCACUUUUUCUAGAACUCGAGAGUACAAAUUUUUAGCUGAUUUGGCUUCCGCAAUUGAUGAGGAAGAUGUUGCAAAAUUCAGUGGUAUUGCCAAGGAAUUUGAUAGCAUUAGCCCAUUGGAUUCCUGGAAGACUACUCUUUUGGUGAAAGUUAAGGAAGCUCUAAAAGCCAAAGAACUGGAGGAUGACGACUUGAUCUAAACCAAUUACGCGUCGAUUUACUUUCCCAUUGGAAAGAUUGGUCAAAGGGGUUGUAUAUGAUAGUAGCCUGACGAUCACUUGCCUACCAUUUUCAGCGCUUUUUUCUUUGUGGCCUGUAUCGUCAUAUGAUGUAUCUUUUCCAUUUCUAGAAAUGUGCGUAGUAGGACUACAUGAUACCUUGAGAGUAGAGUUUGUGCACGGAUAUUCUUUGCUGUCUGAACACCAAAUUAAUGAUUCUAGUAAAUAAAUAAAUAGAUGGGUUUUGUUGAUCUAA